UCCGGGUAUUCCGGUGUGUGGAGGGCAUUGAAAAUUCAACGACGCUGCAGGGGAUUGGCGCCGCCCGGAACUCGCAAGUGGCCCCGGAUUGAGAUGUAUUGUGCGUUUCGGGAGGGAAAAUUCGCGCGCGCGGCACAACAAAACGUUCGGCGAGGGACACUUUGAGCGCGCCCGGAAGUGCCUCGUCGUGCGGUGAAAAGUAUCUUUCAGGCUGAAUGAAAUUUUAUUUAUUCAUGUUUCCUCAAUUUGCCAUCGUUAGGGCAUUGUGCGGGGAUCGGUGAAUUUGGGUGUGUGUGCGAGCUAAAAAAUGAAAUAUUGAAUAAAUUGCUGAUAAUACUUAUCGCCGGAUAAAGGGAAGGGGAUCGAAGGGGUGUGGGUGUUCGUCGUCUGGUUUUGCGAUAACACACCCUCCCCGCCCAAAAGAAAAUCCCUGAAAAGAGUGUGUGCAGUGUGAAAGUACAGUGAAAAUCGAGGAAUCAAGAGCUCCCCGAAAAGCUUUUAUCUAUCGUUUGCGAAAGUGGAAAUAGAUUGUGCAGACACCUAAGUUUAUGUGUUUGGACACGAUAUCCCCGGACAGCAGCUGCACCAGGACUAGGAAGAGAAGCGAUUUUUCCAAUAAAUUAAUUAAUACCGCUUAGGUGUUUGUGUUUUUGUGGGCCGUACGUGUGACAUAAUGGCAAAAAUUGGAACAAGAUCUGCCCUAAAAUUUAGCAAAAAUACAAAAUACACUGAACAGCAAACCAGUGCCAAAAACCGUUAAAACCGCUUCCAUAAUAUCCGUUGACAAAGAAGAAACCAAUUGCUGCGUUGAUGCCGUGGGCGGAAAUCGGAAGCUUCGCCGAAGAAAAUUAGUGAAUUAUAACUUAUCGAGCUUAAUGAAAAGUUGUUCCCGCAAUACACCAUAGUCGUGACGUGACGUGACGUGUGUGUAUUUUCGCAACCUCCGGCCAUUUCAACUAAGUGUGUUUGUGUGUGUCUGUUAUACGUGAGAGCCCCGCCAGGUGAGAUUUUUUCCGCCUGCAAUCCGGAAUCAACAGAGGAGGAGGAAAAAAAAGCCCCGUCGUCGUGGACCGUUUCGCCAGUGUGCAAAAUUAAUGACCGUCUGACCGGAUUGCCGAAAUUAAAUCCUCCCCACAACGGUGAGGCCGCCACCCAUUUCGGGGGUGGAAGACGAAAAAGAAGAAGACGUUUGUGGCGCGGAAAUAAACCGCAAAAUCCUGCCACGUGGGUGGGAAGAGCAAGCGUGCACGAGGCACGUGGACUUACACGGAGGGAAAAAGAGCAAAAACAAAAAAAAGUUGGCAAAAAAGCGGUCCGGAAAUUGAGUCCACCAGGAAGAAUUUCACGCAUCGUCAGAUCGCUGGCCAGGACCGAUAUGUCCCGUGUCCCGGUUGUGUGGUCCCGCGGGGGUGCCAGCGCACCGGCUCCGGCGGACGACCGCGAUGAAUAAUUAAUUGUGGCUCAUUUAUUAUGGACCAUGUCUGGACUCUGGACUCCGGACUCGGGCGUUCCCGCUUGUUGGCGAUCGGAAAAUAUUUAUUCCGAAGCAAUGCACGGGCUUAAUUAAAAACAAAACACAGUGAAACCUCGCUAUCCCGAUUACGCCCCCCCAAAUGAGUAUCGAGUGACGGAGGAAAAAAUCAUCAAAUAUUCUGCACUUGAUCCGCUUUUUUGAACGUGCAAAUCCGGUCCCCUCCCCACCCCAAGUUGAAGUUGGACAAAUCGCGUGUGAGAUGAAUGUGAUUGAUAGAUCCAGGGCGCCCCGCCAAUAGUGGCCAAUCAACUUCCCUCCCCGGGGAGAGAGAGAGAGUGCAACAAAAAGAGAAACCUGGAAAUUGAACGCGUGUGUGCUGUGCCAAAGUUGAUACGAUUACCUGGGGCCCGUUGAUGCUGAUUGGAAGUGCUAAAUUAAUUGAAAUCAAAGGAAAUCGAUGCCAAUUCGGUGCCAAUUCAGUGUAGUGUAGUGCAGAGCGGAGGAAAACAAAAAAGGUGAAAGAAACAAAACCAAGUGCCAACUUUUUCAUCUAUCGGUGUCCAGCAGCAUUCCAGCAUCAUGGUGGAUAUUAGCUCUAUUAUCGAGGGAACCGUCAAGUUCCGUGACGGCAAAAAGUGGAAAUCACGGUGGUGUGUUAUGCGAAAGCUAUCUCCAGUAGCAGACUGUUUGCACCUGCAGCUGUACCGCGACUCCAAGGAUCGCUACAAGAACGGCCAAACCAAGGCGUCCCUCUCCCUGCAGCACUUCCUGGGCGUCGAGUCCGGCUUCACGCUGGACAAGGAGUCCAACACGAUCGCCAUCAUCUGCCAGGACGUGAUAGUGGUGCUGGCGUUCGACACCCGAGAAAGACUGAUACAGUGGCAGGUCAAAAUAUCCAACAACCUGGGCGACGACUUGCAAUACCUGGUGCUGGUCUCGUCGGCGCCACCGAAAGCCAAACUGGCGACGGGACCAGCACGAAUGCACAUCCAGGAUCACCGGUUCUGCCUGACGACGGGCGUCCCGCCGCGGUUAACGGGCAUGUGGAACAUCCAACAUCUCAGACGAUACGGCGUCGUGGACAACCGGUUCUGCUUCGAGGGUGGCUCCAGCUGCGGCAAGGGCGAAGGUCUGUAUGUGUUUGUGACGGACAUCGGGGACGAGAUCACGCACACGCUCAAGAUGGCCUCGCAGGGCAAGCUGGCCAGCAAGAAGCGAGCGGCGGCGCGAAAGAUUGCAGCGCUCGACAGUCCGCGGAAGGGCGCGGAGUCCCGGAUGACCAACUACAACGACGAGAUCUGCACGGUGCACUUUGAGAACUCGAACUGCACCUGCCGGACGGCGUACUGGCCGUCGACCGAGUCACGGGAUAUCGACAGUAACUAUGGUUGUGGCGAUACGGCGUCUGUGUCCGAGGGGCACGACAGUAUCAACGACAUGGACUCGUUUCCAAGGAGUACCGUGGCAAACCUGGAGCGCUGCAUGAGCUGCAUCUCCAAGCUGGGAGCGCCCUCGAUGAGCCGCAGCUCUACGGUGACGGGAACACCCGGCGCGGUAGCCCCGUCUCCAGCAUGGCACACGAUCACCGAACAGCAAAACAAUCACAUCAACCAGUCGCACAUUUCGAAAACACCAGCCCUGGACCGGAUGAGCCUGUGCUCGCACGGUAGCAGUAACAACUCCGAGUAUUCCAUCCCCCGGCAGCAGAGCUGCGGUCCCCAGGGUCAGGAAUCGUGGUACGAAAAGGUUCCCGCCAGUCAGCUGACCUGCAUGCACAACCGGUCGACCACCCCCUGUCAGUGUUGUGCCCCCGGGCGACCUCCCAAACCAAAGGAAAUCCCACUCCACAUAACCGCCCCACUCCACUCGGCCAUGAUGACCUGCAAGUCCCCCCAAACGAGUCACGUAGGUCCGUACGAAAACUACGACAUCCCGAAACUCCCCGUAGCUAUCGAUGGUGAGGGCGCGGCGGAGAACUACGAUACACCUAAGAAAAUACAAGAGUACCUGGCGAAAGAGGCGGCGAGCGGCAGCAGUUCGAAGGACGUCGGCAACUACGGAAACUACGACACGCCCCUCUCGCUGAACAAGGUCGUCUGUGCGUGUCUCAACGGAGGGGACGAACAGCCAAAGCGGGAAAAGGAGCUGCCGGAUGGGCCGCGAGUCGACUGUACCUGCAACCGGGUAAUGUCCUGGGCUGACAACUGGAUCUCGCUGCCGCUGUGCAAGCGAGGGAACGGAAUUGAGAAUACGGGUGUACAAAUCAACAAGGUUAAGCUAAGCGGGGAGGGAAAGAUGCCGGUGGUAGACGCAAGCAACGAUAACGCCAUAUACGCAACUGUAGAUAUGACCAAGAAGAUCCGAAAGCGGCUCGAAGGAGGAUGUGACUGUGACAAGAAUGAGAGUGAGCAGGACAAGAAGUCGAACUAUGACAACUACGAGGACGUUGAAGUGCUUCCCAGUGAUCAGAAGGCAGCAAACUACAUGAACUUGGAGUUUGAGAAAUCCCUAGAAAACUACGAAAACUCCAAGGAGGUCCUCCAGAGAGCUGGUCUCUCGCUGCAGGACUUUGAAGGAGACGUCAAAAUCUGCCACAAAUGUGGCCAUCCCAACGCCAAGACCCCCGAAGCGGACAGUUUGAAGGUGGAAACACAGGAUAAGGCACAGGAGAACUACAUGAUGAUGGAACCGGCACACAACAAGUCCAAGUUCCCCGGCUACAUCCCAAUGUCUCCAGCUGCGCCAGUCACCGUCAUAGAAGCGGAACCACGCCCAUCGUCUCCAACCGCCCCUCCACUUCCCUUCAAGUCCGAUCUCCUGAAACAACGAAUGAGCCGCAUGAUCGGUGAGAAAUCCGCCAGCAACCCAAGUCUUUGCGGACCCGCCGUCGAUCGCAGCCGCAAGCGGAUAGACGACGAGUCGCGAAUUCCAGGAAGUGCCAUGCUGAAAGCAACCACCAGUCCGUACACUCGCAAGCAACUGCUCGAUCACAGUGAUCUCCUGCCAUGUGAUAAGCGGCUCUCGCCCCGAAAGCGAUCCGCGUCCGCCGAAUCUUCCCGCUUCCUCGACGACGGCGGUGAAGAAGCCGAAAGCCCACUUAGCGCAACCGCCUCGCCCAGUACGGAAACGUUGCAGAAUCCAUCUCCCAGCCGUCACUCCGAAAUCCGACGAUCCUCCUCGCCAUGCGUCCACCGAGAGACCGACCUCUGUCCAACGACGGCCAGCGCCGACGCGGAAGAUGACAUCUCGGCCUCCACCAACCCUAGUCAAAACUCCCAGUCCGUGUACAUCCGACGAUCCGAAAGUGUACCCUGCAAAGCCGGCAAUCGGGACAGUUCCAGCUCCAACGACUCCGGCGUCUCCACCGGCUCGCUCCGCCAGCGAGGAACCGACUUCACCGAGUUCGAACUCCCGCUCACCACCGCCAUGUCCGCACGGAGGCACCAACGGCACAUACUUCCAGCGCAAAGCUGCGUUCACUCUUCGCUCCCACGAAGAUCCAAAUCCUUCGACCCACUUCGCGAGCUGACAUUCCAGUUCCAGAAGAUCCGUGUCCCCGAGAAGAGCACCUCCGCCGAAGCCGAAGUCCCGAUCUGUCCACCCAAGUCGAAGGCGUACGGCAGUCCGGACAUCAUGGCGACAACCACCGCCCCGUACAUCGACUCGCGCAGCACCAGCAGCGGAACCUCCGACAUGUCCGACUACAUUGAAACGCUGUCGCUGUCCAGCCACAGCUCGUCCGAUACGCCCGAGGGAAUGAGACACAUCCGGCAGGCGACCUCGACCCUACGGCCCCGGUCCGGCAAGGAGUACCAGAACAUCGAUCGGUCCAUCCUGGCGCUCACCCAGCCCGGAGGCGCAGUGGACGGGAAACAUCCCGUCGGAACGCCGUCCCAGCUGCGGGGCUUGCUGCCGUGUUCGGCCAACUACGCCAACAUUACGCCCGUGCCGGAGAACGCCGAGUCGCCCAGUCCGGGCUACCAGAGUGGCAGCUCGCCGCAGGAGGCGCAGGGUCAGCACUUUAUGUUCAAGAACUCAUCCUAGGUUCGUGAGCGUCAACCAACUGGUCACCACAAAUGAAAGCAAUAAAGACUAAAACUUUUUAUACAGUAAGCAUUAUGAAGUAAAAAGAAAAAGUAUAAAAUCAAAAAAACACCCACAAAACUCUAUCUAUAUACAGAAUAUACAGAAAUAAGUACAGACAAACCAAUACCACAAGCAACCUGUUUUAUUAGCAAAACAAAAAAAAAACACAACUCAGAAGAUCCAACAGCAGAAGAAAUCAUCAACAUCGUUCCAAGUCAUAAUGGUCACAGGACAAUACUGAACCGUCAGUCAGUCAGUCAGUCAGCCGUAAUCACAGAGCAGGCAAAAGCUAAUCAGCAUCCUCAAACGAAACCAAAAACCACCUACCAACCUUCUUCCAUCGUUCCAGCGCAGGAUGUAACGCUCAUUUUCCUUUUUAUUCCUUGUUCCAGCAGCGUCCAAAUAAUUAUUUUUCCGCAUCUGACGAUGUUUGUUCGCGAUGCUUUGAUUGCUUUGUCUUGCCAAUUCAUUGAUUUUUAACCUUUAGGGCAAAUACCCGGCUGCUGCUGCUGCCACGGUCACGGCGGUCCACGUGGGAUUCUGGGGUGGUUUUGAGGAAGGGAACUGUGGGUGGAGUGGGGUUGUUUAAUCUUUGCACCCACCUCAUUCAAGUACAUACAUAAACACACUUUGAUGAUUGAAAAAAUGUGUUUUGAAAAGUUUAAUUAUUAGUCUUUAAUUGUUCAUUUGAAACAAAUUCUCUUAAAAAUUGCUAAUCAUCAAUAUCUAACAAAAAAAUUAAAAUUUACUUAAAUUUGAUAAUUUUAAUAACACUGAGUGUACAACUACCUACCAAGGAUAUCUCCAGCCACAGGCAAAGGACACAAGUUCCUCCUCGCCACAUCAGACAGAGCGAAAGCAGUCUGCCCAAAUGUUUGGCCAGUCCUGAAGAGGAGGACACUCCAGCGCCCAGUGGUGGAGAGUCCUCCAGCAAUGGCAAGGGACGAACGCUAGAAUGCAAACAAAAGAAAAAUGAAGGGAAGGCAGGCUUUUCCAGGGCUUUUUUUCCGGGCACACACACGAGGGAAAAAUAGCGAAAAACGGAAAGCAAACACUACUGGGACGAUCAAACCUGCCGGAGGAGUACAUGAUUAUCGGGGGAUUCGGUUUGUUCUUGCCCCAGAGGUGGUUUGUGGGAGGACAGGGAGAAGAGAAAAAAAAAAUCAGAAUCUCAGUGCAAAGAUAAAUAUCGGAUAAUACUGGAUGUGGUGUGUCUAGGGGAGAGGAACCCAGUUUAUAAAAAAAAAUCCAAUUUAGCAUGAACAUUUUUGAAAUGUAUUUCAAAUUGUUUAACAGUCAAUAAUGAUUCAAAAUGACUUUUUUACUGUUCAAAUGCAUCUUGAUGUAACAACUUUUGCAAACUUUUUUAAGGAAAACUAUUUCCAAACAAAUAUUUAGUACGUGAAAGCAUUUAAAAACGCCUUUUAAAUGUUGAAAAAGACUGUGAAUAAGCUUAUAAAUGAUAAUGAAUAAAAAUAUAUGCUAAUCUUGUAAUUAAUAUUCGUAUGUACUUUUGUGAAUUUUCAAACUAUUUUUUUAAUGAAUUUAUCCUAUAUCAUGGUGAUCAUAAAUGAAUGUUCUUAAAGAAUUAAACCAAUUAAAAGCCAACAUUAUUUUUAUCAGAACAGAAGUCGUUAUUAUAUAUUGGUAUAAUUAUAUCAUUAUUUAAUAUCGCUUGUUUUUGCAUUUUGAAAUUACAGCUUAAAAAAAAAUGUGAGACAGCAAAUCAGACCGAUAAAGAUUAUAGCCAAGUUUUCAACAUUUUGAAGUAGAAAGUAACACGAAACUUGGAGCAGUGUUUCAGUAAUGUUAGUGCUAAAUAGUUCAAAAUAUUCAAGAAUUUAAAAAAAAAUAUUAUCACAAAAGUUUUAUGUACUUUAUCGGUCGUAAUCUCAAAUCACUUUUUCAAAGCUGUUUUAUUUUAAUGUGACUGGGAUAAACAUUUGAAAACAUGGUUUAAAUUGAUGCUAGCUGAUUUGAAAAGUUUUUGAAAUCAAUUUGCAUUUUUUUUAAAUAAAUUAUCAAUUUAUUAUUAUUUUACAUUUGGAAAUUUAACACUCACAGAAAAAGUGUUUAAAGUGUAAAAAACAAGUGAUAAAUCAUUAUUAAACUGCAAAACUAAUCUAAGAUAAUCAAGAAUUCAUGAAAAAAAAAUCCAAUAAGUUUGAAUUCAUUUUUUGAUCGUGGACCCGUAAUUUUUUUUUUAGAGCUAUAUGGAAAAACACAAAGCACAAAAAAAUGGAAGUUUGGAAAUUUGGUUGGUUACCCUUUUUUGAGUAAUUCAUACCUAAAAAAUGUGAACCUGAUGAAAAUUCACUAGAAACUGAUGAAAAUUUAAAUAUUAUACAGAAAUAUCAAACAUUUUUUGACAUAAAAUCUGUCACCCUUCCCUGAUGAAUUUUACACAGAAAAAAAGUUGAAUUUUGAAAUGCUGAAAAUUUGGUAGGUUGAAUAUUAACUCUAUUCUUAAGUAACAUUACAUAAAAAAUGUGUAAAAAUGUGAACCUGAUGAAUAUUCAUCAAAAACUGAUGGAAAUUCAUCAUUUUCUGUGGCAAAAUUAAUCAUUUUUUUUGCCACAAAAUCUGUGUAUUAAACUGUGAACAGGUGGUUCUAAAGGUUUCAUUCAAAAAAAUAAAAUAAUAAUAAUUUAUUAUGCAAAAGAUUUUAAAAUUAAAAAAAAACUGAGUUAUCAUAAUUGAAAGUAUUCUUCUAUUUGUAUACUCAUGAGGGAUUAACUCAACACAAUAAAUUCAGUUAAAAUUUGAGGGUAAUGGUAAAAAUCAGAA